AUUGUCAAUCUCUUAUGCCAUUUUAUAUUAUUAUGAUUUUUGACUCAAACAGGAUGUGGAUACUUUCUUUUAGUGGCGUCGUUAACUUGAUGGAUAAGAAGAGGACACGCCGCGGUACUUGUGUCAUUUCCCCGUUCUUCCACCCAACGUGAGCAGCAAUAAUGGCAACGUUACAUUCCAAGCCAAACUUCAGCGACGCUCAGGUGGUUGAAAUGGUGACGAGACUCUUCAACCUGAUGCCGUCCGAAAUCCGCUCCCUCCCCAGCUACGAUGACCAGAACCUCUACGUGUCCUGCGUGGAGGGUGGCGAGUACGUGCUGAAGAUUAUGAACUCGGAGGACAGUAAGAACCCUUCCAUGAUUGAGGUGCAGACGUACGCCAUGUCGGUCCUGCACCAGAAUGGACUUCCUGCUCAGACAGCCCUGCCGAAUGCUGCAGGACAGCUCAUGAGCCUUGAAGAAAUAGACUGUGGCCAUGGCGUUCAGAAGUACCUGGUGAGGCUGCUGACUUAUUUGCCAGGAACGACUAUUUCCAAGGUUCCUCUAACUCCUCAGUUACUUUAUGAAACGGGCAAGAUGGCAGCCAGAAUGGACCAAAUUCUACAAAAGAUGGAACACCCUCAUCUCGGCUUGCUGGAGAGAGGGACGCUCAUAUGGAGUCUUUCAAAUCUUCUCCAACUGGAAGCAUACGUUAAUAUAUUAGAAGGAGAUCCUCUUGAGGAGAUUGUGAAGUCUGUCAUUCACCAGUACAAGACCUCUGUGAUGCCCAGACGCUCCAAAUUCCGCAAGUGCAUUAACCACGGUGACUUCAACGACCUCAAUGUGCUCGUUCAACUUGAUGAGAGCGCCGGCCACAGGAUUUCUGGCAUCCUCGACUUCGGGGACAUGAACAGUGGCUACUACAUCCACGAGCUAGCUAUCACCAUCAUGUACAUGAUGACGGAGCACCCUGAACCUGUGGAGGUGGGUGGACCCGUCCUGGCCGGCUGGGAAAGCGUUCUUCCCCUCGAUGAGACGGAGAAGGACUGCCUCUACGUGCUGGUGCUGUCGCGCUUCUGCCAGUCGCUGGUCAUGGCUCGUCACUCUGUGAAAAUGCACCCGGAAAAUGCAGACUAUCUGAUGAUUUCAUCCCGGAGGGGCGUCCACAUUCUCCGUCAACUGUGGGAGCUCGGAAAGGAGCAGGUGGAGAAGGUGUGGUUCCAGAGCGCGGCUCAACUCGGAGCCAUUCGUACAUCUUCAACGCGCUGUUGAGGUACCCACCAAAGAUGCUCGAGAUGCGCCACACCCAAUAACAAUUUCUUUAAACUGGGUGAAAUAUAAAUAUUACAUUAAUCUGGGGUAACCCUCAUUACAAAAAUUCUCCUGCGGCUUUAAAUGCAUUGGUUUAGGGAUAAAGUGAAUCAAAAAAGCUUCUUGUUAUUCUCUUUAUGUAAUAAAUUAAUAUUGCAUUCAGGGAUUGCAGCGGUUAUUUUUAAAACCAUUUUUUGUAAUGUAAUGUAAUGUCAACUUAAUGAUCAUAACCUUAAUGUAUUAUUAUGUUCGUAGUAUUAAUUAAGUAUAAGUAUUAAGUAAUCAAGUAUUAAUUGAACUCUGAUCGAACGAUUCUCAGUCAGCAUGGGAAACUGAUUGUAGGUGCAUAUAUUGCAAUAAUAGUAAUUGAUGGGGAGACAUCCUGUUCGAUAAAAAGGCCUCACAGGAACCUUUGGUAGAGGGCUAACUUGUAAGUGUUAAUAAUUAAAAUUGUUUAUUCAAUUGUAAAUGAUUAGUUGUCUACCGUAUGGGCUCGAAGGUUAAAGAACGGGUAAAAUGAUAUGAAUGGGAGGGGGCAGCAUAAGUCGGGGCUCUUUUUACUUUGUCUGAUUGUCUGAUUUAAACGAUUUACAUUUUAUCAUUUAGUUAGCUUUUUUGUAAACUUUUAUCUUCUUUUGAUUGCAAUAGCCAAAUAAAACAGUUUGUACUUUGUACAUUCCAAAACAAAGUUCGUCUUGAUUCUCUCUGAGAGUUUCUCCAUCGUAAAGACAGCUCCUCCCCGGGCUGACAGUAGUAAAUGAUUGAUCAUAAAUCUAAAGUUAAAAGGGUUUGCUCAGUACAAUGCAAUUGAUUAAUCUGGUUGGGUCAGAUAGUUUGGAUGCGUUGCUUGUUGUUCCUUCACGAGGCUGCAUUGUGAUUAUACUGCUCAGAGAACCUAACAGAAAACCUCAAGCAUGUAUUCGAUUCAGAUAUCAUACUGUCCUUGAAUUGCUUUCUGCUGCUCAGUCAGAUACCACCUUUUUCUCUUUGGUCAGUUGCAAAACCAUGAUGCUCCCUGACAAUUUCACUCUAAAAUAUAAUAUUGAUGGUCAUAUUUAGCCACCAUUAUAAUUAAUGAGGAAACUGGUUUUAAGCAACUAUUAUUACCCAACUACUGUAAUUACUAAAGCACAAAUCUUUUAAGAUGGCACAUGCCAUUUGAAGUGAUAUAAUAGUGACUUAGUGUCCUUUCCUUGUAUGUUGGUGUCCUAGGAUGUUAAUUUAACUCCUCACCAGAUUCUUGUUGUAGUUCACCUACAACGUCUAUGCAGUCUGUUGUAGGUGAUUGUGUCACCUCUCUUUUUGUAAACAUUACAGCUUGAUCUUUUACUUACAAAGGAGCUUUGUUGCAUUUCUU